AUGGCAGAUUUCCAGUGGGCCUUGGGUCUGAAUCGUCUGAGUCUGCGAAUGAUCGGCGUUUGGCCGGAGGCGAAUCGCGAUCAGCGCCACGAGGUAUCGCGGCUCAGAUCGAUGCGCGUCCCGUUCAUGAUGCUCUGGCUCGUGCUGGCGAUCGUGUUGCCGCAGACGUACGCCCUGGCGCAGGUCUAUCGUCACCUCGACCUCGUCGUCGACAAUCUCAUUACCAACAGCGCCGCCCUCACCUCCGUCAUCAAGCUCUUCUUGCUCUGGAAGAAUCGUUACGUGCUGGAACCAGCCAUCAGGGCGACCGAAGACGACUGGUCGAGCGUCAACGGCAACAACGAGACGACGGCCCGCAACCGCUUCGAGUUGGAAUCAAUGACGCGACAGGCCAAUCGAGCCCGAAUCUUCACCGUGAGCGGCUACGUCAUCAUGUUCGGCUGCUUCGCCGGCUUCGUGUUCACGCCUCUCUUCGGCAUCGGCAUACGCGUCGUCAACAACAUCACCGAUCCUCUGGACGGACGUUUCUUCCCGCUGCAGACCUAUUACCCCUACGACAUCGCGUCCUUUCCGCUGUACGAGCUGACGUACGCGUCGCAGCUUCUCGCGGCCAGCUUCGUCGGCAUCGCCUUCUCGGUGCCGGACAACUUUUUCGGCGCCCUCGUCUUUCACGCCUGCGCCCAGUGCGAGAUUCUCAACGCGCUACUACGCGAGGUCGAGCAAAUCGCCGAUUACUGCACCUUGGAUCUCGUCGAGAAGGAGGGAGAAAGAUUUCAUCGGCAUUUGAGAGAUUUCGUUCGGAGACACGUACAGAUCAUCGGAUUCGUCGACUCGAUAGAACAAUCGUUCAACGUUCUCGUUCUAGUUCAAGUGUUAUGCCUCUCGGUCGUCGCUUGUUUUCUAGCUUUCGGUGUGAUACAAUCGAUUCGUAGCGACGACGUCAAUGGUCUGGCCAUCGUUCAGGUCGUCACGCUGGUAGCGACUUUGUUGAAUCUCAUGAUUCACACCUUCGUGUAUUGCGUCGCUUGCGAAUUGCUGGCGCAACAUAGUAUGAGCUUUUUUCACACGGUUUAUAACUUCAACUGGUUUUGUUUGAGGGCGAAACACUCGCGACCCUUACUAAUCGUGUCGAUGAGAACGAGGCACCAUCUGAAAUUGACAGCCGGCAAAUUUUUCGACUUGUCACUUCACGCUUACAUGAAAAUACUGAAAAAUACUGCAGGAUAUAUUUCUGUACUGUUGGCAGUCAGUAGCACUUGAAGCAAUACAAAUGAAAGAGAACAAGAUCGAUACACCUUUCAACGAGCUUUAUAUACUUGUUGAAUUUUAAUUGACUAUUUUAGACGA